AUGCCGGCAAGGAAAAACCACGCACCCAACUCGAACACCCCCCUUUUCAUAGUCAACUCAUCAGCCAAGAUCGACCCUGCAUCCAGGAAACAGAUCCGCAGCCAUGUCAUGCGAGGCAAGAAUCGAAAGCGGGCCAGUCAGAAAGACAAACCCCUGAUUCGCUCCUGGAUCAACGACUGCCAAGUCGCAGACUACUCUCCCAAUUCGAUUCCCAUUCCACCACGAGUCGGCAAUGACCUAAGCCACAUUGCCUUCAUAACCCCGCUGGCACCCUACAUGCAGGAACUCAUGUUCCAGUUCUUCACAAUCAUCAAACAAUCCGCCUAUCCCGUCGAGACCUGCGUCCAGCCAGACAGUCGUCAGUGGGUGGAAUACCUCACCUAUGACCAAGCUUACCUUCACUCGGCCCUAUUCUCAACCAAUGCCUUCUUCGACUGGCGCCGCUCAGCAAAAUUUGGCAAUGUUACUCUGCAACACCUUACCACAUGCAUUUCCCGCCUCCGACAGAACCUCCUCGACGCCUGCCUCGCAACUUCAGAUUCAACCAUCACCACCGUGAACACCCUAGCCAUGAUGGCUGACCUCUUCGGCGACUACGACAACGCACGGAAACAUCUCCAAGGUCUUUCCAAGAUCGUCGAGGUCCGAGGAGGAAUAAAAGCACUUCAAUACAAUCCCCAACUGCAGUCAAAGAUACUGAGAGCCGAUCUUGGCCUGGCCCUGUCGACCGGUGUAAAGCCGCUGUUUUUCUCGGAGGGGUUCUCCUGGGAGCCUUACUUAUCCUCUCAACCACAGUCCACCUCAUCCAAACCAACCGGGGCACCAGCAUGGGACAUGUCCUUCGUCACUGACCCUCGCCUGUUGAACGUCUACCUUGACCUCCGGGAAUUCUCUCGCGCGGCUAAUCUCGCAAAGCAGAUAGGCAGCAAGAUCGGGGCGGCUGAGUAUCUUGAGACGCUGAUCUCGGUGCAGUACAGGUUGUUGGCUUUACGUCAUGAAGACGGUCUGUCGAUGACGGCAGAGGAAAGACUGUUGAGUGUGGGUAUGUUGGCUUUUACCACUACGACUUUUUUGCAUGUAAAGGGGUUGCCGUUCAAAUUUCCUCAUCUGCAGGAGCAGGCGAGAGAAUGCCUUCAAAAUCUGGAUACCAAAAAACAAAGCGGAAACCUAAGGUUGUGGUUUUUGUUUGUGGUGUAUAUAUCGGCGCUUGGUAGCCACGGGACAGCGGAGGAUGGAGGACUGUUGGUUGAGAAGGGAAGGGAGAUUGUGGAGGUGAUGAAAGGUGAGAAGAGUGAACUGGGAUGGACUGACGUAAGGGAUAUCUUGAUGGAGGUUAUGUGGAUUGAUUGGGUGCAUUCUGAGGAUGGGACAGAGUUUUUGGACAAGAUAGCAACUGUGAGAAAGGAUUGA